GCUAGGUUGUCACGGUGUGGCGCAGACUGAUGACGUAAGCCCUUCCUCCGAGCCAACAUGGCGAAGAAGCAACGUGGGGGAACAACCUCGUCUUCAAAGACGCAGAAAAUGGUUGAACCGACAGAUAAUUUCAGUUUAAUGCUUACAUCCAGUGACGAUGAAGAGCCCGAAGAGGUGACCUUUGAGGACGCGAAGACCGAGGCUUUACGGAGCAUGAAACUGGCGCUGGACGGAGCCAGAAGGGAGAAGGAGCUGCUGAAAGAGAGGAGACGAAAGAGACAGGAACUGUUCCAGGAGCAGAAGAAAAGAAAACUUUUACCGGCCGACGUGUUGGAGGAAAUCGACUCGGCUCCUUCAAAGAAGCAGAAAGAGUCUGAGGAUGAAGGUGAAGCUGAAGAAGAUCAGGAGGGAGAGGAGGAGAGCAAGAAGAAGAACAGUAAGAAGAUGGCACAUUCCCGAAGUCUGAAGGGGAACUACACGGUGACGACGGUGAGGGAGCGGGCGUCGGCGUCCUGCCAGCAGCAGACGGCUGAAGACUUCCUCCGCUCCAGACUGUACGGACCAGGAAGCUGCAGGACCACGAGUAAGGACUCUGAAGUCCAUGUCAACACUGUCUAUAUAAUCACUCUGAAUUCUGUCAGUCCCGGUUUGUUUUUGGGCGUUCCACAAGGUUUCAAUCAGAAAAGACAAAAACACAUUCCACCUUCGUCUUUACUGCGCGUCUGUGUUUAUUUAUCGUGUCGGGAUUUUGUUUUGCACGCUACACUCUGUGGCAGAAGUCUGCAAAGACGAUGAUCUGUCUCAAUUUGAGCGUUGCUAUAGAAACGUCUGUCCGGUCAGCUGAAGUGUCCGCUCCUCCUGGGACUCUUCCUGCUGAGACGACGGCGACAUAUUCUCUCAUGACUCAGUUAUUUUCAGAGGAAUUACUUAAAUAGCAUAUUCAGCCUUUAAAUUAUACUCGGAUACAUUAGCUGGUCUGUAAACAUAUUCUCAUCAUCAUGUUUUGAUUGAGAGCCCCCUGGUGGCGGAGUUUACACACUGUGCGCUUAAUGGGAAUUCAACUACCACACACACCUCUCCGCUCUUCACACACACACCAGCCUGCCCCGCCUCUUCACAGCUCAUCUUCAAACUGAACUCAAGGUUUCAUUCUUUUUAACCCACGAUCAGUUUUACAGCUGCUGAGGUCUGUGAAAUGAUUUUUUAUAGAACCUUGAUUUUCUCUUAUUUUAUUGUUUUUCUCUGAUCCUCCAGCCUGUAAAGAAAAAGCCAAAGCAGAGAAGAUGAAGAAGCGGUGGAUCCACAAGCAGCAGGUUUCCUCCUGCUGACCCGACGUCUCCCACAAACUUAAGUUCAGCGGACUUUCACUUCGCAGACUUUAAUCCUCGCGCUGCACGAGUCAGACAGAGAAAAAGAUCCUUUAAAACACGUCAACAUGACUGAAUGUGGAAGACGUUCUAAUUCCUCUGUUUGUGGAUUUUCUCAGAGCCUGAACUGUAAAGAAACGGUACUUUAGCGUUUCUUUGACGGGUAAUAGAUCCUUUAAAUGGAAGCGCCGUGGGACCCACGUCUCUUUGACAAACGCUCUCACUAAAAGCUCCACUGAUUUAUUUUCUUUUUUUUUUUUAAAGAGUAUAUUGAUGAACUUUAAUGUUUGUAUCUUUGAGAAAUAAAAACACAACACUGCUCAAAGGUUUUCUGCUGUGAGAGCGAUUA